CGAGCUGCGCGGCUGCGGCAGUCGGGCGGCGGGGUGAGCGCGAGUGUAAGCCAGCCAAGCAGCCAGCGAUGACGCCCGCGAGCUGGUGGCCGCGUCCGCCGCCCCUGCGCCUCCUCGGGGCCGGCCUGGCCGCCCCCUGGGCCCUCGGCGUGCUCGUCGUCGUCGGCCACGUGGCCAGCGGCGUCAGCGGCCCCUGCACGCUGGCCGCCCUCCUCAUGGCCGCCGUCGCCGCACUGCUCGCCGCGCUGUGCCACUCGGAGGUGUUUGUGAAGCGACACGCGUCCCUUUAUGAGGCGGCAAGACAGGUGCUGGGUGUGCGGACAGCCCUGGCAAUCGGGUGGGCGGUUGCCGCGUGGCGCGUGGCCGCCCUGGCCGCCUGCGCUCGUAGUCUCGGCGCCACAAUCGACUACAUAUCAGGCGGCCACUUCCGCGCACUGACCAAGCACGCAAUGCUGCGCGUCUUCCCGAUGCUCCAUAGAAUCGAACCCGACCCUCUGGCCGCUGGCGCCGCCUGCCUCACCACGUUGCUCUUUGUACUCGGGCUUGAGCGUUCGCGAAUCCUGCGCCUGUUGCUAAACGCGAGCGUUGCUCUGGCGGUGCUCUUCUUCCUGGUGAUUGGCACCACGCACUGCGAACCUGAGACCUGGGGCUCUCACGUCUUCCUGCCGGCCGGCGCAAGAGGGCUUUUCACCGGCGCGGCUAUGUGUUCUGUUGGCUUCCUUGGCGUCAAUUCGGUGAGGGCUGAGGCGGCCCGCGCGUGGGCCCGCGGUGACCGCGGCCCCUCGCUCACUGUUCAACUGAUUAUGUGCGUCGCGUGCAUCUUUGUCUGCCUCGCCACUUUCCUCGCGGUCACCGUCGUCCUCACCAUGAUGGUCCACUUCAGGUCAUUGGGUCCAGAGUCGCCAGCUUUGGUGCAGGCGUUCGAGGUGCGCGACGUGGACUGGGCGCGUCUCGUCAUGUCCGUCCUGGGCAUCUCGGGCCUUUCCUUCGCCCUGGUCGAGCUUGCCCACCCUCUGCAUAGCCAGGUGCGCGCCCUAGCAGCUGACGGCCUCCUUCCCAGGCACCUGGCGCGUGACCUGCCCAUCACCGGCACCCCGGCAGCCGCCAUCGUGACCUGCGGCGCCUUGACAGCAGCGCUGGGGCUAGCGGCGCCGCUCAGGCUGCUCCUCCAGCUGGCCGCCCUGGCCGCGCUCACCAUCAACUUGACCCUGUCGACCGCCUGUCUCUGGAUCAGGUACCGCAGCCUCAGCAACACCAAUGAUCAAAUUUUAGGAGGAAUACCGACUUUGAGCGGCGGGCUGACAGUGCGCAGUUUUAAAGCCAAGCUGGGUUCACUGCCCGUGGUGGUGCAAAUGACAGGCCAAGGUCACCGAUGGGGCGGCCGCAACACCGACGAAGCGCAGCCCCUCAUGACCCUCAGCGCUGACGACGAGGUGAACACAGAUGCUGUAGAGUCGGAAAGCUCGGAGCUUUCCGGCUACGAGACGGACAGCAGCGCCAGCACGGACAUCGACGCCGCAGUGGCCGAGUUCAAAGAGCGGCUCCAAGUGGCCACCGUAACAUCGUGUGGCGGUUCGACUGCCCACGUACCAUUGUCCAUUGAGCCAGACUCGACCAGCUCGAAGAGGGCGCGAUUGGCACUGCUCGCCGCCUUUCUCACCGUCGUCCUCGUCUGCUCCACCUUUUUAGUGGGCAUCGAGAAACACUCGUUAGGCACCCUGGUGUUCUCGGGCUUGGCGAUGGUAGUAACUGUGGGCCUGCUGCUGCUGGUAGCCCGGCAGCCGAGAAUUCGCUCCACCGACGGAAACUUCGAGGUGCCCUUGGGGCCAUGGUUGCCCGCCCUCUCGGUGCUACUGCACGUCCUACUGCUGGUGCAGCUGCUCGCCUCGGCUUGGCUCUCCUUUCUCGCCAUCGCCUUCUCAGGUGGAUUAUCAAUCUACGUCCGAGAGUGGCGGAUUGCCAAGCGGCUGGGAGUGGCGUCGCGGCGCCGCGGCGAGCGGAUCCAUUUGCAGGCGGCGCCGCCACACCCGACGGUGCCCACCCUGGUGCCCAGUCAGCGGCGCCUGGCGCCGCACUCGCAGCGCCGCUUCACCACGGUAGACACGAUCGUCAUCAGUCGGUGACCCUCGGCCUGCCCCGAUCCGAACGACGUGUAAUCGACAGAGUUUAAUUGACACACACACACCCACGCAUGCUGUGUAAUUAAUUGGAGUGUGUAACUAAUUACGUGAGUAACCGACUAAUCAAUCACCAACCGAGCGCACACUCGCAACACCAAAGAACACGUAGAGAGAAAUAUCACACUCGAUUUUAAAUAAUUUUAUUGAAGCUGAAGAAAAUAUGAGACGCACGCAGAUUUUGGAAAUUCGAUGAAAAUAAAAGGAACUCAAUUUUUUUGGCAUCAGACGUUGAAACUAGAAGAAAAAUUUCAAUCUAGUACUCUCUAGGUGAUUUUAUUAUAACGUCUUGUAAGAAUCACAUGUUAACUAAUAAUAAAACGGGCGAGAUUGGUCAAAUUAUGAUGAAAUUCAGUAAGCAGACAAACUAAUCUUGAUGAACGAGACGAUCAAUUGUUAUUUUAAAAUUUUCGAUUUUUAAAUUGAUUGACAAGUUUUUCAAUUAAAACAAAAUAAUUCCGGCAAACUUGAAAACAUUGUUAGAUUGAAAAUUUUGGACUAUAGUGUUUCAUUUAAAAAUCACAGAAGUGAACACGUUUGAUGCUAAAGAAAUUCCUAUUAUGCGGAAGGAACGCGGGAUUUUACUGUAAAUCGGUAAUAAUAUGCUAAAUCAUUGGACGGAUUUUGGCGAACGUGUGUAUAAAGUAAAAAUUUUCAGAUGGAAUGGAAACUUUUUAGGGAGAGGAGGUUUGGAUUUAAAAUUUGGCAACCGACAAAAGGUUUUAAUAAAUACUAUACAACAUAUUUUAUUAAAACCUAGUAAGUUGGUUUUUACUGUUAUAAUGAGAGGUUGUUGGAUUUUAAUUGUGGAUUUUAAAAUAUUGAAGAAGUCUUCCUGCUGAACGGAACUGGCUCCAGUGAAAUUCCGCAACUGCUGGGGAAAAGGAUAUUGUAGAAUUAAGCAUGCGCGGAUCGAAUCGCCUGCGAUCGAACGGAACUGAUAAUAAUACGAAAUGAGAGGGUUAUCAGAGUCAAUGAAUCUCGCCGCCGCAUUGAAAAUCAAUAAAAUACAUAUUUACCUUGGGAAACUGGGACGAAUCAAUAUAAUAAAUAAAUUUGCACACGACGUGUGUGUCUGUUUGUUAAAAAUAAAAAAAGAGAAGAGAGCGAAGUGAAAAUUUAAAGAUCUCGAAGUCGCUCUCGACUGUGUAAUCAAAAUCUACUAUAAAAUACAAAAUAUAUAAUUCGUUUAAACGAUCAAUAAGUGUAAGUGCAUGUUUGCUGGAUGUGGUGGCAAUAACAUUGAUUUUAGCAGGGCGGCUUAAGUGAUUUUAAACUUUUCAUGUAUCAUGCCUGAAUGCACCGCGUCGACACGUGAAAUAAGCCGCAAAACUCAAUCAGGGUUUCAAGGAAGACUUUCAAUAGAUUAUUGUGCUGAUUUAUUCCCUUGCAACUUAAUUCCUUCCAUUGCACUGCGUAGAAGAAACUCUUGCUGCCUCAUAGCUUUUUUUGUUUUGGUUGUUAACCGAACGCGAACAAUCACUUUUAUAGUGUAUAAUAAUUAUUGUGUAAGGACAGAGUAAUUAACCGUCCUCGAAUGCGAAAAUACGACGAGCUCACGAAAUAUCUCUCAAAAUCCUAUUUUAACUUAGCGGUCGUAGUUUUCUCGUUUGCAUUAAAAAUGGUGUUUACAUAUAUAAACCUGCCGCUUCGUUGGUUGUUUACGUGCGUAUAAUAUGUAUUCAAAUGUAUAUUUCACUGUGAGACAAAUCAGUAAAAUCUCUAUAAUUAAUUGUUUUUAAAUGUUGAUCGAUAUGGUAUAUAUAAUAUGUGUAUUUUAUAUCAUGGAAAAUGCGUCCCAAUGCGCUAAAAUAUAUCGAAUUUUUAAUUGUGUAAUUAACCGUCCGUUGCAUAUGGUGAGAAUAUAAAAAUGAAAGAUAAGCUAAUAUAAUUAUACCACACGUGAGUUAUCUGUUAAGGAGCAUAUGCUGCUGAAAGUGCUUUAUUCGAAGAAAAUGGAAUCCGUGACAAAUAAAGUGUAAACUAAUAAGAAUAUAUAACAAUAAAAUGGUGUCGUGCUAACAAGCAAAAGCUGUAUUGCAAGUGUAAAAUCAAAGAUGUACAGCUGGUCGAAAUUCAUUAUCAUCUUGUGUAAGGCCAUGUAAUUGAAUAAGUUAAGAAUAAAGAUCAACUAAUGACGUA